AUGCACGCAUACAUGGUCGCUGGCUUUAGGGCCCUCUUCUACCCGGCUCUGUUAACUUUUUUGUGUAAUCGUGGAACGGUUUGUUUCAUUGCGAAUCCAACUCCUUUGCUAGGCGUGGCUGCUGUGAGUUGGCCCGAUCGCCCACCAUUAUUCCUCAAUCGACGGACGUUGCACAGCAGGUCAGGCACGGAAUCACCAGACCUCAAGUGCUUGAUUUACGGUAGUUGCUGUCAGAAGAAUGCCUUCAGAUGUGAUAUACGUUUCGUAAUGGCUCCUAUACAAAAUAUGUGGGUGUAG